AUGCUGCAGCUGCCCCCGGGCGCCCCCCGCCGCCCUCGCCGCGAAGCCGUGCGGAGUCGAGCCCACCAGCUAACCGAGCCAACGACCCGCAGCUACCCGGCGGGCGUCCCGGAGGCGGCGGCGGCGCAGGGAGGGGCCGGACACGCGCACGUGGACCCGGCGGCCGCCGUGGCGGACAGCGGCCCGGCGGGGGGCGCGGCGUUGGCGGCCCCGACCCCUGGGCCCGGAGGUGGUGGCCCAGGGCCCCGCGUCUACUUUCAGAGCCCCCCUGGUGCUGCAGGCGAGGGCCCGGGCAGCGCGGACGACGAGGGCCCGGUGAGGCGCCAAGGGAAGGUCACGGUCAAGUACGACCGCAAGGAGUUACGGAAGCGCCUCAACCUGGAGGAGUGGAUCCUGGAGCAGCUCACUCGCCUCUACGACUGCCAGGAAGAGGAGAUCCCAGAGCUGGAGAUUGAUGUGGACGAACUCCUGGACAUGGAGAGUGAUGAUACCCGGGCUGCCAGGGUCAAGGAACUGCUGGUUGACUGUUACAAACCCACUGAGGCCUUCAUCUCUGGCCUGCUGGACAAGAUCCGGGGCAUGCAGAAGCUGAGCACACCCCAGAAGAAGUAAGGGUCCUCAACCCAGGUGAACGGUGGCUCCCACAGGACAAUCACUGC